AUAUCGUGUGCAAAUAUCGGCUCGCAACAAAAUAUUUAUCAAAAAACCAAAUCAGUCGAUCUCUGUCUACUCUGUUUGUCUCACAAUGGCGUCUGCGGCCAAAAGGCGAUUGUCAUAUCCAACACAAGCAGCGACGACGCAGGGGUCAUCACGCGAUUCACUCGCAGCUUAUCGGAGUCUCAGAUUGUUGACACGAGAAAGCGGGCGGCGGGGGAGCAUCGGGAAGGCUGCUUGGAUCGCAGGAACAACGUUUCUGAUCCUGGAUUCCUAGUGGUACCCCUCAUAAUUGAAAUGGACCGCGAGCAGCAGUUUAACGAGCUGGAGAUACAGCAGCAGAGUCUCCUCGGUCCCCCGCCGCCGCCCCAAGUCCAACUUCCGAAGUGAACUUUCGUACUCUCUGCUGAAGAAGAGACGAAAGAGACCUCCUCCAGGUUAGGAGUGGAAACCUUUAGAUUCGAUUUGGAAUCUCCUGUAAUUUUGAAUUUCUAUGAAAGGAUGUUGAGUUAGGGUUCCAUUAUUAGAACAAUUCUUGUAGUUUCUAAAAAAUCUUUAUUUUCUCGUUGAUUUAUCUAGUUAUAACGAUUGUUGAUUGAAGGUAUUCGAAUUGAAAUUUCGCAAUUAAUCGAAACUAGUUGUCUUUCUUUGAUUGUGUCA